GGCCGUUUUUGCUGCACGCGCCGAUCUUGGUGGCGUUUUCUCGGCCCACUCCGGCGCAUGGGUCCUCCGUUCGGCAUCGCCUGCAGCCAGGUUUCUCCAUUCGCCCCUCUCGCCCCUCUCGCCCCUUGCCUUUCUUGCCCAUGUUCUCCCUUGCCACCCACCACGCCCGGGGGCUCGCCGCGCAUGCGGUUCGCCACCGCACCGCCGCCACCGUCACGGCGGCCCCCUGGCUCCGGGCGUACUCCUCCGGCUCGGCCCCGGCCCCGACCCCGGCCCCGGCUCCGACCCCGACCCCGACCCCGAACAAGGCGGUUGAUGACGCUACCCGUCGCCGGAACAUGACUCCGGAGCAGCGCCAGUUCCCUCAUGAGCCGGUCAGCCAGUUCUCCGAGGAGGAUGCCCUGGCGGACGGGCCGAAGGAGGGGCUCCGGCUGCCGGGUGAUGACUCGCCGGACCCGCAUCACCCCUUCCCGGAUCCCUUUGCGCAUCCGGACCUCCUGUACAAGGGCCAGCUGACGGAUAGCCUGCGCAAGCUGAAGCUCCUGUCCAUGGUGGGCGCCGUGUCGACGGCCUUCGCCAUGCCGGCCCUGGUGAGCCUGGACACUGCGGCCCUGCCGGUGGAGGGGCGCAUGUUUGUGGCCGGCAUCCUGGGUACUCUGGCCGCCAGCACGACCUUCCUCUUCCACCACUUCACCAAGACCUAUGUCACGGAGAUCCACGCCCUGCCGCCGGCCGACGGCCGGAUCUCCGCGCAGCUGACCGACUACGAGCUGCUUGAGAGUGGUCGCCGCCUGUCCCUGGUCACCAUGAACUUCUGGGGGAAGCCCGUGCACACCGUCGUCGAUGUGGACAAGAUUGUGCCGAUUGACGGCUGGCCCCCUCUGACCAACGCCAAGGACGCCGAGGGCCGGUACUACUACCUGCACAAGAACCUGCUGCAGUUUGACCUGAGUGGCGACCCGCAUGCGCCGGAGCCGAUCCGCCUGGUGCCUCUGCGCGAGGCCCUCGGCGAGGUCUUCGAGUAUGAGGAGGUUGAUGAGGGGGCUUCUCGCAAGUGAGCGCCUGUCGCGCCCCUGCGUGGGGGGGGGGGG